AAGCAUGGUGGCUAUCGUAUUGCAAGAUAUGGGCAUGAUGCGAUAUAGGUGGGGUAAAUUUGGUUCCCGUGUUUUGGGCGGGGCUAAAUUUGUUCCUGCGUUUUAUCGCGCGCCGUGAUUAGCUAGGUUCGGAGCAAAAGAUGUAAUGGGAAUUCACAACGAGAGUUUCUACAAGCUCAGACACACGAAUUUCUGGUAUCAUCGCAAUCCGGGCCUUAUCAAGGCCUUACCGGCGACGUUCCUGCUUUAUUUGUGAGGCAACUCUGAUGAUUUCCAUGGUUAAGUCUCUUUGUUUUGGUCGUUUUGAUAGAGAUAUGAACGCCGUCGAAAUUUCCUUGGUAGUGCAAGCAGGAAAGAUGCUGUAAGUAGGAGAGCGAGUUUGACCAAUUGGAAAUUCGUGGCCAGUCUAAAAACGUCGUUUGAGGGCGUAUUAUCACGAGCCUGAUAGUACCUCGCCGAGUCAUGACGGGGCGCAGUGUCACAAGAGCCAGUCUCGGCAGGGAAGCCCAGCUGGGAGACCUGUACGAUAUCAGGACCGAGAAAUUUCUGAAUGAAUCACUAUUCAUUUCAAAACUGGAAGAGGAUAUGGUAGAAACCAUGGACAUUGCUGAGACGGAGAUAGAGAUGACAAUGUCGGAUAGUUUAGAAGAGAAGUGCAAGAUUCUUGAUGUAGAAGACGAACUACAGCUGAGCGUUGCGGUCGGAAUGGUGGAACUGAGUGGUUCAGGAGCUUUCCUUGGAGAUGAGCGGAGGAGUGCAAUGACCCAAAGCAAGAGUCUCAUCUACAAACUGAGUACUGUCAACGAAGAGGUGAUGCUUCGCCAGAACAGAGAUAUCAUUGACAAGGAGGUGUUGUCCGGCACGAAUCCCAGUGCAACACAUGUCAUAGUAGGUAUUGAUUGGGGGGCUCAGUGUACAAUAACUUGUGAGUAUGAGAAGGAUGAAAAUGAGGAUGACUCGGAUGUUAGCAAAGAAAUGAAAAAAGGGCUUGAAAAAAUCAAGUACAUCCUAUAUGCAAAGGAGGAAGUAAACAUCUUAGAUGAUGAUAGGGAUACAGAUGUUGAUACCGAAACAGAUGACAGGAAAGAGUUUUAUAGGUAUAGGGCUGACGUUUUAACUACAGUUAAUUUCAUACCCACCACGUACGAAGGAGCAGUUGAGCUUGUUGUGUCCUUACCCACACUUCUUAAAAAUACCAAUAGUGGGAAAGGGGUCCCUGUCAAGUACUAUCUCACCUCUCUAGAAACUGUCGGGAAGAAGAUCAGGGUCAAGGCAACUAACGGCAUAACAUGCAAUGAUGUUGAUGAAUGCACCAUUCAGAAGUGUGCACAGGUCUUAGAAAAGGCAAAGGGGAAAUCCCAAAAGGUGCAUGACAUAUACCAUGAGAUGAAUCUAAAUGGUACAUUCAUUUCCGAUGAAGCCGUUGGUAGAGUUGGUCUUGUCUGGGAAGAGGUCACGCUGAAGGAAUCCCGUUUCAAAACCGAUCUCCAGGAAAGAGUUAAAAGGGUGAGAUCGGGGGAAGAUGAAUCGAGUGUCCUCGAAGAGUUCCUGAGUAAGGUGGAUUCUGAAGAAUCGUCUGCUUCCAAAUACGAGGAGGAAUUUGAACCAUACUUGCAGAAAGUGAGAUUCUUCAGGUCGAUGCUUAGCCACGGAGUCACGUGCAUCGGUAAGAACGAUGAACUCGAGACAGAUGCACUGGAAAACGCUUUUGUUUUCUAUAUUCCUAGUGGCAGCGAUUCGGAAUCUGUUGAGAAAAAUCGAGAGCUCCUCCUGCGCCUCUUGUCUACAUUCUCAGUGGAUGAGAUGAGUAAAUUCAUUGUGGUAGACCAGGAGAUUGUUUCAAGCCAUGUUUGGCCAGAUAAAGUGAAGAGACCAACUAUCGCCAAAUACGUAGACGGCAUACUUAAAUCUGAAGACCUCUAUGAAGAAGAGGGUCAACACCUUGAUGUGUGCAUGAUUCAAUUUGUAGGUCCAGUUACAAAAAAUUCUGCGCCUAGACAGCGAGCAAUUGUCAAACUAAGAUGCCCGAACGCUAUCGCCGGAAAUGGAAGAUGUGCUGGUGACCCGUCCAGAUGGAGAUGUUUGAAAUGCGGGCAGCCGGUAGAGUAUGGCCCAACUUCCAAGAUGUUCUACUGCAAAUGCGGAGAGUCGAAUCCUAAGGAUUCAAGGUUCCGCUGCAAUGAUCCACACCAUGGUUUGAAAUUUAUGGUGUACCCAAAGUACCUGCUCAGAGAUGACCUUUCACAGCUGAAGCCAAUGAAAGAAGUCAACAUCCUCAUCCUGGGUGAGACAGGUGUUGGAAAAUCAACGUGGAUCAAUGGGAUUCAGAAUUAUCUGUCAUUCGCCAAUUUAUCCGAGGCAAUGAAUUCUCAGGACUUCCCUGUCUUGAUCCCAUCAUCUUUCACCUUAACACAGGAUGGUGAACAAAAAAAAAUCAAAAUAGGGACAGAUGACCCCAACGAGGUCCAGGAAACUGGAAAAUCAGCCACGAAGGAACCGCGCUCAUAUGUCUUCACCGUGGGUGACAUACGAUUGCGUUUGAUUGACACACCUGGAAUUGGCGAUUCCGGAGGAGUGGAGAAGGAUGAAAUCAAUAUGAAAAAUAUUUUGUCCCAUCUCAUGUUCUACUCCGAGAUUCAUGCAAUAUGCAUACUCCUGAAGCCGAACAAUGCGCGGCUCACAGUCAUGUUCCGAUUCUGCAUCCAAGAACUGCUUGUCCAAUUCCACAAUUCUGCCAAGAGGAACAUUGUGUUCUGCUUUACGAAUGCCCGACAGACUUUCUACCAGCCAGGUGAUACAUUACCAGCUCUUAAUGAAGAGCUAGCCAAGAAGAAAGUCGGAAUUCAAGCAACGAAGGAUACCUACUUCUGUUUUGAUAACGAACCUUUUCGUUUUCUUGCAUGCAUAAAGAAUGGUGUAAAAUUCGGCGACGGUGAAAUGGCCACCUACUCUUCCAGCUGGGACAAGUCUGUAGAGGAAACGGGACGUCUUCUGAAGUACAUUCAAUGCCACUUGAAGCCGCACAAAGUUAAGGAGACCCUUGGCAUGAAUGAGGCUAGAAGGAUCAUCAUAGCCAUGAGCAAACCCUUAGCAGAGGUGGGCAACGCAAUCAAUCACAAUAUUGAUGCAGCAAAAGAAACCAAAGCUAAAAUUAGUCAUGCAGAUACUGAAAUGAACUCUUUGAGGAAAGACUUGAAGUUCAAAGGAUAUGACCUAGAACGAAAGGAACUGGGUUAUCCCAGGACAGUCUGUGCUGCCCCUGCGUGUGUCAGGUAUGUCCCAGUUGGACAGACAAAGGUACAGAACACGGUUUAUGAGACGAUUUGCCACCACCAAUGUGGAAUUCAAGGUGUUCCCGUCGAAACAACGGGUAAUCCGCAACUUGCUCGAUGUUGGGCAAUGACUAACCAAUGUUGUCGUAUCUGCAAUCACAGUUACCAGCAGCAUAUGCACUUGACUUAUGAAAUACAAUUAAGAGAGAAAGAGUUUCUCUCAACCCAGGCUCAACAACAAAUCAAUACCAUUUGCGACUCUAAAGCAAAGAAGGAAGCAUUCAUAAAGGAAAUCAACAAGAAAGUUGAAGAAUUGAAAGCUGAACAAAAGAUUAUCAUGGCAACUGGAGCAAAGUUUGGAUCGUUCCUGAAGGCAAAUGCUCUCAUUACGUACAACGACGCUGUAGAGGAAUACCUGGAAAUGUGCAUUAAGCAAGAGAAAGCAAAACCAGUCACCCUUCGAAAAGAAGGUGUGCUAGACAACAUGACUACAAUGAAAGAAGAGUACAAGAAACAGAUAGAGAUUCUUGACAACGCUAUCGCUGGGGGAGCCAACGAAAAUAUCAAAACACCAGAAGAGGUAAAAGAACUUCAGGAAGGGCUCUUUAAACUGAAACAUUUUGGUGGCACCCUCAGGAAGUUGUUUGAAGAGAUUUCUCUUCUUCAUACAGCCAGGGGCGUACCAUACGAAGUGGUACACGCCCAACCUCCCAAAAGAACCAAUCGAAGAAAGAACAGCGUGAAGACGAGUAGUUGGGGUGCAGUUACAAGCUAUGUUGGUAACCUUGUGUAUCGGCGUAAGCCAGCGUAUAAUCAAUAAGAAAAUGAGAUCUGGUCUGUCGUAUGUACCAAAUGCAAUACCGAUCAGAAGAGCUAAAACAUCCAAAGAAGGGACCAAAGUCGAAUGGGUGAUCGAACAAAACGCCUAAAUGGCCACUAUACUAGUUAGUCCUUCUGGAAAUAUCAAAGUACCCCCAAACAUGGAGAAAGAAAUUGCCAAAAUAUGUUGAAGCAGAAAAUCAUGUAUUUUUCCGUGUUCUUUCGAAUGAUAUUUUUGCCUUCAUCAAUAUUUAGGCAGACCGGCAGGGGUGUGAAAUCAGUGAUUCAUUGUGGCUGGCCCCCACAGUUAGAGGAGGAAGGGAAAGACGAGUGCCACGCUUU